GGGCAGAGUGCGGGCAGAGCACCGGUCUUCAGGCGCCACUCGCGGCGGGCGGUGGCAGGCAUGGCUACGGCGGCGGCGGCGGCGGUGGCUCGUGGGGCCGGUGCAAGGGCGGUGGCGGCCCUGCGGAGCGGCUGCCGGACUGCGGCUCGGGGGCGGUCGCGCGCGGGCCCCGCACGGCCCUUAUGCACAGCACCUGGGACCGCCCCGGACAUGAAGCGCUACCUUCGGGAGCGCUACCGGGAGGCGAAGAGGAGCACGGCAGAAUUGGUUCCUUCCAUUAUGAGCAACUUGUUGAAUCCAGAUGCCAUCUUCUCAAACAAUGAGAUGAGCUUGUCGGACAUUGAAAUCUACGGCUUUGAUUAUGAUUACACCUUGGUGUUUUAUUCCAAGCACCUCCACACACUGAUAUUUAAUGCCGCUCGGGACCUUCUCAUCAACGAACACAGGUAUCCCGUGGAAAUCAGGAAGUAUGAGUAUGACCCAAACUUUGCAAUCCGUGGACUGCAUUAUGACGUGCAGCGGGCAGUCUUGAUGAAGAUCGAUGCUUUUCAUUACAUCCAACUGGGAACUGUCUACAGAGGCCUCAGCGUGGUCCCUGAUGAGGAAGUCAUUGAAAUGUACGAGGGCUCCCACGUGCCUUUGGAACAGAUGAGCGACUUUUAUGGGAAGAGCUCCCACGGAAACACCAUGAAGCAGUUCAUGGACAUCUUCUCCCUGCCCGAGAUGACCCUGCUGUCCUGUGUGAACGAGUACUUUCUGAAGAACAACAUUGACUAUGAGCCUGUGCACCUGUACAAAGACGUCAAGGAUUCAAUUCGGGACGUGCACACCAAAGGAAUCAUGUACAGAGCAAUUGAAGCAGAUAUUGAAAAGUACAUCUGCUACCCUGAGCAGACCCGCGCAGUGUUGGCCAAACUGGCUGAUCACGGCAAGAAGAUGUUUCUCAUCACCAAUAGCCCCAGUAGCUUUGUGGACAAAGGGAUGAGGUAUAUUGUUGGAAAAGACUGGAGGGACCUUUUUGAUGUGGUCAUUGUUCAGGCGGAGAAGCCAAACUUCUUUAAUGAUAAGCGGAGACCUUUCCGGAAGGUGAAUGAGAAAGGCGUCUUACUCUGGGAUAAAAUCUACAAGUUGCAGAAAGGCCAGAUUUAUAAACAGGGUAAUUUAUAUGAAUUUUUGAAGCUUACUGGAUGGAGGGGAUCCAAAGUGUUGUAUUUUGGUGACCAUAUAUACAGUGACCUGGCGGACUUGACCCUGAAGCAUGGCUGGCGAACGGGUGCAAUCAUCCCAGAGUUAAGAUCUGAGCUCAGAAUCAUGAACACGGAGCAGUACAUUCAAACUAUGACCUGGCUACAGACCUUGACUGGGUUAUUGGAGCAGAUGCAGGUUCACAGAGAUGCGGAGUCACAGCUGGUUUUGCAGGAGUGGAAAAAGGAGAGGAAGGAGAUGAGAGAAAUGACCAAAGGUUCCUUCAACACCCAGUUCGGAAGCUUGUUCCGCACAGACCAGAACCCCACGUACUUCCUGCGGCGCCUGUCGCGGUUUGCCGACAUCUACAUGGCAUCCCUGAGCUGCCUCCUGAGCUAUGAUGUCAGCCACACGUUCUACCCCCGGAGGACCCCGCUGCAGCACGAGCUUCCUGCCUGGUCCGACAGGCCCCCGGCCGCCAGGCUCCCGCUCCUGCAGGAGGCCCAGGCCAAGUAGCCAGCGGCCCAGGCACCCUGGGCGCGAAGAGCCAGGAGCGGCGGCGGCCCCGCACCGGGCAGACUUUGCAUGGACGUGACUGUCGCUUACAGACAUGCCUUGUGAUAUCUGUUUUGUACGUUACGGAGGAUGCCCCCCAGCUCGUGAAGACAGGAGCUUGCGGCCCACGGGGACGGCCUUCCUGUACGUGUGGGGACAGCAGCUGGCUUCCUGUCAACACUCUGUGAUCGCCCUUCUUGUUUACUAAGGUACCGCGACCGGCGUCAGAUUUUCUGGGACGGGGAGGCUUCUUGAUACCAUCUCUGGAUUCCAGCAGGUGACGUUUUGAAACUCUUCUUGACUCUUCCAUGCAAAACGCAUGGAACAAGUGAACAUUCACAGGCAGUGCAGGGGCCCAGUGAUGUGCACCGGUGAAGUGCUCACAGAAAGCUGAUGCUUGAGCGAGCGCUCCGAUAGCACAGCACGAUGUCAGCGGCAGAGACGGUCCCCAGACGGCAGCCGGUUCCCAGGUAUCUUCUCGUACUAGGGCUUUGGCACUCUUGAAAGUGCCUCACUUGAAAGCAGACUCAGCCUCUCUGGAAGUCUUUCGUGAGAAAGAACAAGAGAAGUUGCAAGUCCUUGGCCUUGAUGGUCCUCAGUAUCCGUUUCCCGUGUCCUGCCCCCUGUGGGGGAAGGACCAUUGUGCCCCAAGUGAUGGGCAGGUUCACUCUUUUCCCCAGAAAAGGAGGGCAGAGAGGGAAGAGCUUCUGGUUAAAUUCCAGCCAGCAGAACAGACUUUGUAGAAUGAGGCUGUGAGAAACGAACAGGUCAGAAGACAAAUGCCAGUGCAUUUGUGGUGUGUCUCCCAGGACUUUAUUUUACCUGAAACUGCUACCCGUAUAUUGCUUGAAUGUGAUCAUUGGAGGAUGGAAAAUGAAACAAAAAAAAUGUCCUUGUAAUGAAGUGCCACGCCAUGACGCCUACCGGCUGUGUUGCAGUCUUAUUAAAAUGUGUAUUACCAGAA